AGCACAGGGCUCCAUGGUGCACAGCAAGGGGGAAGAGGAGGAGGAAGGAGGCCCUGGGGUGCUGCCCUCCACUGGGGCCCAUGCGAUGGGAGGUCUCCUGGCUGCAUGCAGGGUGUGCUGGGGCUCCCACCUCCCCAGCACCCUCAUGGGGCAGCAUCCCAGCAUGUCCCUCAGCACUCUUGGGUGCAGCGAGCAGCACCUGAAGACAUUCCCACACCAAUGCCUGUGGCUUCCCCUCCUAAUGCCUUAAUCUGCCCCUGAUCCGCGGUGCCCCUGGGGCUGGUCCUGCUGACCUUGCAGGCACUGGUCUGGGCUGGGACCAGCGGCAUCGUGGGGCACAGGCAGCCACAGCCACCACUCAUGGCCUCCUUCUUCACGGCUGCCUUGAAGAACUUCAAGGGGGGCGAGGAGGAGCCACCCAAGGGGCCCCCCAAGGAUGCCAAGGAGGUCGCGCUGCCCAGCGGCAUGAACCGCGAGGAGUUUGAGGAGUACCAGCGACAGCUGCUGGAGGAGAAGAUUGAGCGGGACAAGGCCUUUGCACAGAGGAAGGCGGGGAGGGCCGCUGUCCGGAUGCACCUGCGGGACAAGUACCGCCUGGCCCAGGAUGAGCGGGACGAUGCUCAGCUGCACGUGGCCGGCGGCGCGGUGGAGCUGCCGCAGGAGUUGGCCCCCAUGGUGCACGGUGAGGAGGAGGAGGACGAGGAGGAGGGCGGCAGCACCGGGGCCUUCGCCUACCUGAGCAAGCUGCGGGACGUGGACCUGCUGGCGCUGCGGGACCGGGCACUGGGCAGCGUGGGUGAGGUGAAGGAGAAGUGUGCCCUGAUGUGAUGCUGCUGCCCACCCCAGCAGUGCUGGGCCGACGGGAUGUGCAGGUUGUGGGUGCCAUUACCUGGGCUGAGCAUCCCAGUACCUGCCCUGGAGUGGGGUUUCCUCCCCAGACUCAUUCCUUAUUGCUUUUCUGGGUUGCUGGGCUGCAGAAUGUCUGGGUCCCCACCAGCCCCUCCCUGUGGUGCCCCUGGUCUGAGCCCCAGGACGGGUGGGGGGGACUCUGAUGCUCUGUGGCCCCCAGGAACCAGCACUGCGGCCUCAGACACCGUUUGCAGCUGUCCCAUCCAUGGCAGUGCUCAAGGCCAUGUUGGACACAGGGCUUGGAGCAAGCUGCUCCAGUGGAAGGGGUCCCUGCUCGUGGCAGGGGUUGGAACAGGAGGAGCCUUCAGUCCAAACCAGGCUGGGAUUUUGUGACGAUUUGGCUCAAUAAAGGCAGUGUUUGCUGGCACCACUCUGCUCUUCCUGCUGUACCCUCAUCCACACAAACCCCAUCCCGGGCUGGGGGUUAUGUGUGGAUUCAAUGACACCACUACAGCAGAGCUGCCCUACAUGCCCCAGAGCCAGGAACCAGCCCAUUACACUUGGCCCCAGAUCCCUCCCUACCUUCUACAGCAGCCCCCAGGCAAUGGAGCCAGUGGGACCGGAUGGCCCCGCACCCUGGGGCACCCCUUGAGGGGCAGCACCAAUGAGGUGAGGAUGGUGGCAGCAUUUAUCCCCCCUUGAG